AACCCACAUAAAAGCCCUCACCCACCCCUCUCUUUCUUUUCUCAAAGCCAAAAAUCCAAACCCAAGAGCAAGAAGAAGCAAAGAAGAAGAAGACAAACCCCUCGACCCUCACCCAAGAGAGAAGAAGAAGAAGAAGGAUCUGCUUCAAUUUCUACAGAGAGAGACCGCGAACUUGCUUCUGUACAGAGUUGGGGCAUUUGGAGUUUUUGAAACUUAAAUGUAUCAAUGAGCUGCAAGAAGCACGCCGCCGACCUCACUAGCGCCGUCGGCGUCUGCGCCUCUUGUCUCCGUGAACGACUGACAACCAUCAUCGAGACCCAGACCCGAGCCCAGGCCCAGUUACAAAUCCAGGCGCAGCUCUCCCGCCUCCACUCCCGCAACAACGGCGUCGCCCCGGAAGAACCGCAAAAGUCCGACCCGAACCCGCCACCGGCGCUCAUCUUCCCCCGCUCCGUCUCCCCUUACGUUUCUCGCCGUAAAUCCGACCAGCACAACCGCUCCGAUCACGAUCACGACCACGACCACGACCACAGCCACCACCAGCGCCACCAUAUCCGGUUCUACAGUACGCCCCAGGUGGGGCCCACCUACGACCGGGGAGGCUCCGCCGCUAUCGGAGGCUCGUACAGGAAGAGCAAGCCGAGGUUUUCGCUCCUGACGAGCCUGUUCCGGUCCAGAUCCGACAAGUUCUGGACGGAUCCCAGGGUCUCGUCGCGGGACGCGAUCGCGACGUCGGCGUCCUCGCCGUCGUGGUUCUCGGCCAUCUUCGCCGGCAAAAGAGGGAAGAAAUCGAAGCAAUGCUUCGCCGACGAGUCCACGGUGCGCGUGAGAUCUCGCCACAGAAGAGCGCGCGGAAUGUCGCCGGAUUUCACGCACGACGGCUGCGAGGACGAUGGCGAACCGUCGGCGUCGGGAAGCGGAGACUCGUCGACGCCGGAUUGGAAGCGGACUCCGGUUCAUGCGACGCCGUCGAGGCGGGCGCGUUCGGGUCCGGUAAAGAACGUGUCGGGUCUGACGUUCUGCCUGAGCCCGCUGGUUCGGGCCAGCCCGAACCCGCACUGGAACCAGAAGGGCAUGCAGGGGUUUCCGCCGGACCUUGGGAUCACCGGCGAGAUCAGGGUGGCGACGAAGCCGCACUUGUCUUCUGCGGCGUCGUUUAGCAUGAACCGGUCGAGGAAGCUGGCCGAUUUCGGUAGAGCCACUUCCAACCGUUGAUCUUGCUGACCGUUGCGUCGUUGACAACGCAGACGCUGCCGAUGAUG